GCGAUGGCAACACUGCCACCUCUGGCGUGUCUGACGUGUUUCAGCUGACGUUUGAAUGUUUUGGUCGGCGUUUCAUUUUUCUGCGCUGCUGUGGCAAAUAAAAAACGCAAACUUCUGCAGCUGAGCAAGCAACAAACGAUUCGCCACCUAUAUAUCAGGAGUUUAUCGCGUUUCGGGUGUGCCGCCAGUAGGAAAGAAUGCAACGCUAAAUUGUACAAUCAGUAAAACAUAAGGUGCUUCUAUCCGGAACAAUGUUGACCACCGAGUUUGUCCAGCUGGCACUGUUGAUCGGCUCCGGAUCUAUAUUUUUCCUCUUCGUUGUGCUAGGAAUUGUGCUAAAGAUUACGACCACAGCGUUCCCAAAAAUUGUACGCUUCAAGGAUGAGCAGUACUACAAAGAUCCCAGCACCGGUGACAACCGACCGUUCCCAUCGCUGGAGGACGAACCCACGCUGAAGCUGAGUGUGAUCGUACCCGCCUUUGACGAGGAAAAAAGACUGCCAAUCAUGCUGGAUGAAUGCAUGGAAUAUCUGGAGGCGCGUGCCCGCAAGGAGAAAGACUUCACGUACGAGGUGAUUAUCGUGAGCGACGGUAGCCGCGAUCGAACGGUGGACGUUGCGAUGAAGUACGUGGAAAAGUAUGGCGUAGAGAAGCUGCGCGUGCUGGCCCUGGUACAAAACCGCGGCAAGGGUGGUGCGGUACGCAUGGGAAUGCUUAGCAGCCGUGGCCAGUUUCUGCUGUUUGCGGACGCUGAUGGAGCGACCAAGUUUGCCGAUUAUGGCAAACUGGAACGCAGCAUGAUGGAGCUGAGCGGAUCGGAGUGGAAACGCGAUGCGCUCGCGAUCGGUUCCCGUGCCCAUCUGGAGGAGGAAGCGACGGCCCAGCGUACCUUCUUCCGCACGAUACUGAUGCACGGAUUUCACUUGCUCGUGUGGACGUUCGCAGUGAAGAAGAUACGGGAUACGCAGUGCGGGUUUAAGCUGGUGACGCGGUCCGCCGCCCGCAAGCUGUUCCAGGUGAUGCACGUGGAGCGGUGGGCGUUCGAUGUGGAGCUGCUGUUCAUCGCCCAGUCGUACAACAUUCCGAUCGAGGAGGUGGCCGUGAACUGGACGGAGAUUGAGGGUUCGAAGCUGACGCCGUUCUGGUCGUGGCUGCAGAUGGGGCGGGAUUUGAUGCUGAUCUGGUUCCGGUACGCGAUCGGUGCGUGGCAGCUGCGCAAGGAGCACUCGAAUUGAGCGCGUGGAUGAAUGUUUAGGUAUAGGUUUAACAAAAAAUCAUUUUCUCUUAUGAUUUAGUUAGAAUAGAGGUACAAAUAAUCGGAUAAAAUAAAAGCAAGCGGUAUUUUGUGGCUUUUCUGCACACGCGAACGGUCAGAAGCAGCAAACACGUGGAAGCUUA